AUGAGUGCAGAUCCUGAUGCUCCGGCGGAUCCAAAUCGCCGUAGCGGGGGACACAUUGUUCGAAAUAUGAUUUAUAGACACGAUAGCGCCCGCAAUCUUGAGAUUGUAACAGGUUGGCAGGAUCAGGGAACGCGUGAAUACAAUCAAAAAAUUGUGCCUCCCGCCAAAAUGGAAUUACAUUCGAAACACCCAUGCCAUGAUCUCAAUACACAGCUGCUGCGCUGCAGCUUAGAUUGCCCUGCAGAAAUGAAGUUGGCAGGACGCAUCGCCACAUGCAACACGGAGCGCAAGGCUCUUAUGGUUUGCCUCACAAAGCAAAAACAUUGGAAACCAGAACCCUCGUCGGCGUGGUACAGAUUUUGGUGA